AUGUCUCCCUCACUCUUGACUACUUCGGACCUCAGCCAGCAUAUAUCUAUUGACAGUACCAUAGGGGCUUUGCUCGUCGGUACCUUCUCUAGUAUCUUCCUUACUGGAAUCACGUACCUACAGGCAUGUCAAUAUUGGCGUUCUUUCACCAAAGACCCGAUGCUCUUAAAGAUAUGGGUAGGACGAUGUGGCUUAUGCUAUCUGCAAAUCUUCGGAGCUGACUUCAGGAGUCCGGUAGUCUCGCAUUUUGGGACCCCCACAUUUUUUGUCACUUCUCCGCUAGUCUGGUCAGCACGGGUAAGGCGCUUGGAGCUACUCUUUUUCCCGUCGUGUCGGUUGGCUAAGUGUAAUACACUCACAGCUUCUACCGAUCGGUGGACUCAGAGUGUCAUGACUUACGGGAUCCUCCUUAACCAGUUUCUUUGUACGACGUUUAUGGAUGAUGUCCCCAACGUUCCGUCCGGUGGUGAUUGCAGCGUUCUCUCUAUCAAAAUGUUCCAAGCACAGAAUAUUUUAGAGCUAUUUGAUCUUUCCAACGACCUCACUCUUCUUGCAGUGGAUGAUUACAGCGGGCUCCAUCAUACAAAUGAUUGCGGACGUAUCUACCACAAGUUCCCUAAUCUACGUUUUAUACCAUCUCCGCACGGGAUUCAAUACAAGGUUAGAACGGAUUCGAAGCUUGAUCUCCUCGCGGCAUAUGCUUUCAGCACAGGUUUAGUUACUUGGUACUUGUACAAGUUAUAUCUAGAGCUUCAGGGCCCUAACACUAGACUUGCAGCGACGGUAUGGCCACAUGACCUCAUCUGGGUCACGCCUGCCUGUACUUUGGUCAAGUUAUACGCAAACAAUCUCCUUACAGCUCUCAACUCACGUAAAGCUCUAGGGAUUAUGGAUAGCGACGACAGAGUUACAGCAUACUCCUGGUCUAGUCGGAGAUUCAUUCGUGGGCUCACCAUGUCAACGAGAUACGAAAAACCUCAAUGCUUUGGUCUGUACAAGAGCUUGAAAGCCUGCUUCGUCAAAAGGGCAGUUCCCAAUUUCCAGUGGAAUAGCGUUCGCGCUACCUCCGUCUUCCCAGCCGCUAUGCGUGAGAACCUUGUAUCUCUCAGAAGUCUCUCGUCACCUCUCCCAAUAUACGAAACCCUUAAGUGGAGAAUGCAAACCCGCGUGAGACGCCAUAACCGACUCACGCUGCUUGCCAAAGGACACUGGGCGACAACAUGGGCGUUCAUAUCAUAA